GGGCGCUGACUGCCGCCAGCGUCGUUAUUAUUCCGCGGCGCUCCUCUCCGGACCCCGUCUCCGUCUUGGCGUCGCCACGCCACCGCCACCGCCACCGCUCCUCCGCCGGCGGAGUUGCAAGUCUCCAGCCCAGCCAUGGAUGGGAUCAUGAAGGCGCUCGAUCACACCGUCCGGGAGAUAAAGCGAGAGGUCAAUCUCAAGGUGCUCAAGGUGCCAGAGAUCGAGCAGAAGGUUCUUGACGCGACCAGCGAUGAGCCGUGGGGGCCUCACGGUUCAGACAUGGCGGACAUCGCACGGGCCACCAAGAAUAUCGGCGAAUGCCAAAUAAUCAUGAAGGUGCUGUGGCAACGGCUGGGCAACACCGACGCAAAUUGGCGUCACCUGUAUAAGGCGCUGGCUGUGGCUGAGUAUCUUCUGGCCAAUGGCACUGAGCGCGCAGCCGAGGAAAUUAUCGACAACAGCUCACAGAUUGCGAAACUCACGACAUUCGAGUUUGUGGAGCCUGGUGGAAAAGACGUGGGGCUCAAUGUGCGCAAGAAGGCCGAAGCUGUUCUGGUCAUUGUGGAUGACAGGGAAAAGCUUCAACAAGCCAGGGAGAAGGCUGCUUCUACGAGGGACAAGUACUUGGGGGUGUCAUCAACUGGAAUGUCAUCAUACAAAUCAAGCGCAGCAUCAUUUGGCAGUGGCACCUACUCCUCUGGUAGUCGCUACGGGAGCACAGCUGGUUCGAGGGAAACCGCCUCGUUCAAGGAUAGACACACUGGCACAGAAUUGAGCAAGAACAAUAAUAAGCCAAGUUACAGCAGCACUAGACAAAGGUCAAAAGAAACUACUACUAAGAGUGCAAAUAGCUCUAAAUUAGCAAAAGGAGGCUCCAAAUCGAUGUCGAAUCCGCGUGCCACACCUGCUGUUCCAAGUUCACAGAAAGGAAAGAAUGAGGAUGAUGGCGACGAGUUCAAUCCACGAGGAUCUUCCACAUCUGCUGGAACAGCUAAUGUGAGCUCCAAUAAUUUGGAUCUCUUUGGGCCAAGAUUAAUGCCAAACGCUGGUAGUGCUGCUGUGCCGGAAAUUGAUUUGUUUGCGUUUGCAGAUUUCCAGUCAGCCCCAUUGGAGGCAGCAACGUCAAGUGGUUCUCACCCUCAGGGCAACAUUGAUCUAUUUGCUGGCAGGCCAUCCUUUGGUGGCUCAGCUACUGCAGACAUGGAGUUCUCAGUACGUGGUGCUCCCAAUAAGCAUAUAGAGCAAAAAACUUCUUCCCCUGCGCAGCCCUCUGCGUCUGCUUUUGAUCCCUUCAACCCAUCCUUUGCCGCAAUAUUCCCUUCGGACACAGAGUUCUCAGUGCGUGGCACCCCAAGCAAAUCCUCACAAGGAAAGCUUUCAAGUGACACAGCUUUCGAUCCUUUGGCUGGAAUUCCGGUGAAGCGUUUCAAUGGAUCAAACUCUUCUGGUGUAUGGUCUUCAAGUAAAGGGUCAGCUGUUACUGAACCAACACAUGGUUCUCCUGGGGCCAGCAAGAGUUCUGAUUGCAGUCCUUCGGAGGAGUUGAACUGUGGCGCCUUUGCGUCGCAUGAGGGAUCACGCACGGCAAGUGUCACCAAAUCCAUGAACGAGUCACUCGCAAAGCAGAAGCAGGACUCCAUGGCAGCAUCAAAACCAGCUGUGAAGAAAGAGACUUUUCGGGGCAAAUCUAGCAUUUGGGCCGACUCUUUGAGCCGUGGGUUGAUUGAUUUGAAUUUAGCUGCCCCAAAGAUGGUUGAUCCUUCAGAUGCCAGGGUCGUUAGGCGGCUCAGCAACGGCUCUGAGGAGAAAGCCCCAGAAACUGUUCCAUGGUACAUGGAGGCAGCAACAGGCACUCCUGAGUUUCCACGCUCCACGGGAGCAGGUGGUGAAAGCCGCAUUUUCUAGCAGCAGCAGCAGCAGCACUUUGGGAACUUCAGGUGAUCUUAUUCAGGGUUGUAUAUUCUCGAUUACCUUGAGUGGGCAUGUCUCCCCAUCCGUGGUUCCUGCGAUAUCUGAUUCUGUUCUUCUUAUGCAAUGAUGAGUAGAUGUAUCGCAGAACACAUGUAAUCUGCGUUAUAGAGAUGCUACUAUGAUUUUGUAUGCAUUAAAAAGCGAAUGAACUUUGUGCAGUGACUGGAUAAACUAAAGUGAGGGUCAGAAUCGCGCGAGGCUCGGUUUGUUGACUGCGUAGAAAUUGGUUUGUCAUACUCGCCGUGGCCUGGGGGUUGCUGGAGGAGCUUCUCCAAAAGCGGGUGCGCCUUCUGUCUGCUCCCUUUUCGUGAGCCGCUGGGCCUUUGCAACAAGUCUCAUUGCGCUCAAUGCUUUGCAACACGAGCUUUGUUGCAACCCUGAACAGCUUUUUUUAUGUUGUAUGCUAGUCGUCCAAUUCUGCUUGAUGUACCUUUGCAACAAGCCUCGUGUUGCGCUCAGUGCUUCGCAACAUUAGCCUUGUUGGAGUGCCUUGAACAAUUUUUUUCCGGCUUUGCUAGAACUCAUCUAGCUGAGUUUUAGUUAUGUCUCAUUCACUUUUAUAGCCAU